CAAACCCUUGCCCAAUACCCAUGGAUGAGGAUGAUGGGUCAGGUCAGGUCUGCCCACCUCUUCUUAACUUCCCCCACCACCACUCCCUCGUCCCUUCCCCACUUAUAAAUCUACCCUCUCCCCACCCUCUCUCAUCUUCUUUUCUGCUCUCGCUCAUCGCAGAGAAGCAACUAAAUUCCUCAAUAAUUCUGCAACCGCUACCUCCUCAUCGUUCUCUUUGGAAGGCUUGGAGAUUGAAGAUCGAUAGUCCUACCUGAACAUAACUGGAAAGAGAAGGAAGAGAAGGAGAAAGAAAGAAAAUGAGUUGCAAUGGCUGCCGCGUCCUUCGAAAAGGAUGCAGUGAGUCUUGCAUUCUCCGUCCAUGUCUACAGUGGAUUGAAAGCCCUGAAGCUCAAGGUCACGCCACCGUCUUUGUUGCUAAGUUCUUCGGUCGCGCUGGCCUCAUGUCCUUUAUCUCUGCUGUUCCCGAGAAUCAGAGACCUGCUCUCUUCCAGUCUCUGCUGUUCGAGGCAUGUGGCCGCACAGUGAAUCCCGUGAACGGAGCGGUGGGUUUGAUGGGGACGGGAAACUGGCAAGUAUGCCAGGCGGCCGUGGAGACUGUCCUCCGUGGCGGCACCUUGCGCCCCAUGAAGGAUGUCCUCACUAUCACCACCACCACCACCACCACUCUCGAAUCCGACGAGGCCUCGGCUUCCGAAGUGGUCUGUGCGUACACGGACAAGCAGAAGCAGCUGCUACAGGAUCCGUACACGCGAUCGAGGGUACCCACCACCUCCAUCAAGAGGAAGGACCCAGACGACGUAUCGUUGGUGCAGUCCGGCGAUCUCGACCUGACUUUGACAGCUGGGUUUCAUAGCAAGAGAGUAGCGGCUGGGCUUAGCGGGAUGAAUUUUGAUCAUCAUCGCCAGGAGAAGCGGCGACCGUCGACUCCAUCCAUGAAUUCGGAUGAAUCUGUGACGACGAGCUUUGACAGUGAAGAUCAUCACACGGGAGGCGGCGAACGGAAGCUUCUCAACUUGUUCGUUUGAAACUUUUUUUAACGAAAAAGAGAAGAGACGUUUUCGAACUCAAGGAUGCGUCGAUAUGUUGUCCUGUAAUGUUUAUUUUAUUAUUUCCUUCAAUCUUUUAGGUGGAGUUAUGCCCGGUUGUUUUGGGGAAACCGGCGAGGUUUUGGAGCUAUCUCCGGCAAAUGAUUUCUCUUUCUUCAGACUUGUUUGAGUGAGAUGAGAGAAAGGGAAAGAUGAAUCUGCCUGUGAUAAUUCAAUCUCCCCUUCUUCUUUUUAGCUAAUUAAUGAUUAUGAGUAUGACUUAUAACUUAUGGCGGCAAUAAGAAUAAAUAGUAUACACAGCCACACAGGCUCUUAUCUUUA